AGAGGACACGCGCGCUCACACCCGCCCCUGGGAGCAGAAGCAGUAUCUUCCCCAGCUUCGUGGGUUUCUCCUCCCCCCGGAGUCAGGGUGUGCGAGGUAGGGGGUGUGUGUGUGUCUGUGUGUGUGUGCGCGGCACGUUUUUGAGGGUGAGACCCAAAUCCAGACCAGGCAACCUGCGUUCCCCGCGCCUCCCCCCGUCCCCGGUGAUUAAUACCCAUUUUUCUGACGCUCCCCUCCUCCCCUCCUGCUCUCCCUCUCCGGCUGCCGCGCGGUUGACUUGCACAGCCUGCCCCCGCCCGCUUCCCUUCCCCCGGCUCCGAUCCUCACCAACUGGAAUCUGGGCUCCUGCCUCUCCACCCCCCACCUCUUUUUGAGAAAGGAAGGUUCCCCCCACCCCCUUUCAAAAACCACUUCCUUCGGCUUCUUCACCUCUAGGAAAUCUCGGGGCUUCGCUCUAUCGAGAGUGCUCGUCAAGGGUGAUUCUUGAUCACCACCAUCCAGUAGUGCUGGCGUCCGAAUGCAUAUCCUUUUGCCUUGCAAAGAAGAGUCAUGAACUUCAAAACCCCCGAGACGGAUCAUUAAUCCUGCUUUGCAGGAAAGGAAAACCCUCCAUUCCCAGCCACCGGCCACCCCUCUCCGCAGACUGCAACCGCGGAGGCGCUCGGAGCCGGAAGGGGACGCUUUGGGAAUGACCAUGCUCCACCGAGGGACGGAGCCGGCCCCCAGCUUCUCCACACAGAGCUUCCUCCACUAACGCUCCAAAAACCAAAAACCGUAAUUGCCAGAAGAAGCGUUAAAAAUCUAUUCCAGCCACUAACCUCACAUGCACACGGAAUAAUUACUCUGGAUUCUGCAUUGUGAGCUGCUCUCCAUACCCUGAAUUACCUUUGAAUUAAAUCUUUUUUUUUUUGAAUUUGCAUCUCUUCAAGACACAAGAUUAAAACAAAAUUUACGCUAAAUUGGAUUUUAAAUUAUCUUCCGUUCAUUUAUCCUUCGUCUUUCUUAUGUGGAUAUGCAAGCGAGAAGAAGGGACUGGACAUUCCCAACAUGCUCACUCCCUUAAUCUGUCCGUCUAGAGGUUUGGCUUCUACAAACCAAGGGAGUCGACGAGUUGAAGAUGAAGCCCAGAGCGGAGUGCUGUUCUCCCAAGUUCUGGUUGGUGUUGGCCGUCCUGGCUGUGUCAGGCAGCAGAGCUCGUUCUCAGAAGAGCCCCCCCAGCAUUGGCAUUGCUGUCAUCCUUGUGGGCACUUCCGACGAGGUGGCCAUCAAGGAUGCCCACGAGAAAGAUGAUUUCCACCAUCUCUCCGUGGUACCCCGGGUGGAACUGGUAGCCAUGAAUGAGACCGACCCAAAGAGCAUCAUCACCCGCAUCUGUGAUCUCAUGUCUGACCGGAAGAUCCAGGGGGUGGUGUUUGCUGAUGACACAGACCAGGAAGCCAUCGCCCAGAUCCUCGAUUUCAUUUCAGCACAGACUCUCACCCCCAUCCUGGGCAUCCACGGGGGCUCCUCUAUGAUAAUGGCAGAUAAGGAUGAAUCCUCCAUGUUCUUCCAGUUUGGCCCAUCAAUUGAACAGCAAGCUUCCGUAAUGCUCAACAUCAUGGAAGAAUAUGACUGGUACAUCUUUUCUAUCGUCACCACCUAUUUCCCUGGCUACCAGGACUUUGUAAACAAGAUCCGCAGCACCAUUGAGAAUAGCUUUGUGGGCUGGGAGCUAGAGGAGGUCCUCCUACUGGACAUGUCCCUGGAUGAUGGAGAUUCUAAGAUCCAGAAUCAGCUCAAGAAACUUCAAAGCCCCAUCAUUCUUCUUUACUGUACCAAGGAAGAAGCCACCUACAUCUUUGAAGUGGCCAACUCAGUAGGGCUGACUGGCUAUGGCUACACGUGGAUCGUGCCCAGUCUGGUGGCAGGGGAUACAGACACAGUGCCUGCAGAGUUCCCCACUGGGCUCAUCUCUGUAUCAUAUGAUGAAUGGGACUAUGGCCUCCCCGCCAGAGUGAGAGAUGGAAUUGCCAUAAUCACCACUGCUGCUUCUGACAUGCUGUCUGAGCACAGCUUCAUCCCUGAGCCCAAAAGCAGUUGUUACAACACCCAUGAGAAGAGAAUCUACCAGUCCAAUAUGCUAAAUAGGUAUCUGAUCAACGUCACUUUUGAGGGGAGGAAUUUGUCCUUCAGUGAAGAUGGUUACCAGAUGCACCCAAAACUGGUGAUAAUUCUUCUGAACAAGGAGAGGAAGUGGGAAAGGGUGGGGAAGUGGAAAGACAAGUCCCUGCAGAUGAAGUACUAUGUGUGGCCCCGAAUGUGUCCAGAGACUGAAGAGCAGGAGGAUGACCAUCUGAGCAUUGUGACCCUGGAGGAGGCACCAUUUGUCAUUGUGGAAAGUGUGGACCCUCUGAGUGGAACCUGCAUGAGGAACACAGUCCCCUGCCAAAAACGCAUAGUCACUGAGAAUAAAACAGACGAAGAGCCGGGUUACAUCAAAAAAUGCUGCAAGGGGUUCUGUAUCGACAUCCUUAAGAAAAUUUCUAAAUCUGUGAAGUUCACCUAUGACCUUUACCUGGUUACCAAUGGCAAGCAUGGGAAGAAAAUCAAUGGAACCUGGAAUGGUAUGAUUGGAGAGGUGGUCAUGAAGAGGGCCUACAUGGCAGUGGGCUCACUCACCAUCAAUGAGGAACGAUCGGAGGUGGUCGACUUCUCUGUGCCCUUCAUAGAGACAGGCAUCAGUGUCAUGGUGUCACGCAGCAAUGGGACUGUCUCACCUUCUGCCUUCUUAGAGCCAUUCAGCGCUGACGUAUGGGUGAUGAUGUUUGUGAUGCUGCUCAUCGUCUCAGCCGUGGCUGUCUUUGUCUUUGAGUACUUCAGCCCUGUGGGUUAUAACAGGUGCCUCGCUGAUGGCAGAGAGCCUGGUGGACCCUCUUUCACCAUCGGCAAAGCUAUUUGGUUGCUCUGGGGUCUGGUGUUUAACAACUCCGUACCUGUGCAGAACCCAAAGGGGACCACCUCCAAGAUCAUGGUGUCAGUGUGGGCCUUCUUUGCUGUCAUCUUCCUGGCCAGCUACACUGCCAACUUAGCUGCCUUCAUGAUCCAAGAGGAAUAUGUGGACCAGGUUUCUGGCCUGAGCGACAAAAAGUUCCAGAGACCUAAUGACUUCUCACCCCCUUUCCGCUUUGGGACCGUGCCCAACGGCAGCACAGAGAGAAAUAUUCGCAAUAACUAUGCAGAAAUGCAUGCCUACAUGGGAAAGUUCAACCAGAGGGGUGUAGAUGAUGCAUUGCUCUCCCUGAAAACAGGGAAACUGGAUGCCUUCAUCUAUGAUGCAGCAGUGCUGAACUAUAUGGCAGGCAGAGAUGAAGGCUGCAAGCUGGUGACCAUUGGCAGUGGGAAGGUCUUUGCUUCCACUGGCUAUGGCAUUGCCAUCCAAAAAGAUUCUGGGUGGAAGCGCCAGGUGGACCUUGCUAUCCUGCAGCUCUUUGGAGAUGGGGAGAUGGAAGAACUGGAAGCUCUCUGGCUCACUGGCAUUUGUCACAAUGAGAAGAAUGAGGUCAUGAGCAGCCAGCUGGACAUUGACAACAUGGCAGGGGUCUUCUACAUGUUGGGGGCGGCCAUGGCUCUCAGCCUCAUCACCUUCAUCUGCGAACACCUUUUCUAUUGGCAGUUCCGACAUUGCUUUAUGGGUGUCUGUUCUGGCAAGCCUGGCAUGGUCUUCUCCAUCAGCAGAGGUAUCUACAGCUGCAUCCAUGGGGUGGCAAUCGAGGAGCGCCAGUCUGUAAUGAACUCCCCCACCGCAACCAUGAACAACACACACUCCAACAUCCUGCGCCUGCUGCGCACGGCCAAGAACAUGGCUAACCUGUCUGGUGUGAAUGGCUCACCGCAGAGCGCCCUGGACUUCAUCCGACGGGAGUCAUCCGUCUAUGACAUCUCAGAGCACCGCCGCAGCUUCACGCAUUCUGACUGCAAAUCCUACAACAACCCGCCCUGUGAGGAGAACCUCUUCAGUGACUACAUCAGUGAGGUAGAGAGAACGUUCGGGAACCUGCAGCUGAAGGACAGCAACGUGUACCAAGAUCACUACCACCAUCACCACCGGCCCCAUAGUAUUGGCAGUGCCAGCUCCAUCGAUGGGCUCUACGACUGUGACAACCCACCCUUCACCACCCAGUCCAGGUCCAUCAGCAAGAAGCCCCUGGACAUCGGCCUCCCCUCCUCCAAGCACAGCCAGCUCAGUGACCUGUACGGCAAAUUCUCCUUCAAGAGCGACCGCUACAGUGGCCACGACGACUUGAUCCGCUCCGAUGUCUCUGACAUCUCAACCCACACCGUCACCUAUGGGAACAUCGAGGGCAAUGCCGCCAAGAGGCGUAAGCAGCAAUAUAAGGACAGCCUGAAGAAGCGGCCUGCCUCGGCCAAGUCCCGCAGAGAGUUUGACGAGAUCGAGCUGGCCUACCGUCGCCGACCGCCCCGCUCCCCUGACCACAAGCGCUACUUCAGGGACAAGGAAGGGCUACGGGACUUCUACCUGGACCAGUUCCGAACAAAGGAGAACUCACCCCACUGGGAGCACGUGGACCUGACCGACAUCUACAAGGAGCGGAGUGAUGACUUUAAGCGCGACUCCGUCAGCGGAGGAGGGCCCUGUACCAACAGGUCUCACAUCAAGCACGGGACGGGCGACAAACACGGCGUGGUCAGCGGGGUACCUGCACCUUGGGAGAAGAACCUGACCAACGUGGAGUGGGAGGACCGGUCCGGGGGCAACUUCUGCCGUAGCUGUCCCUCCAAGCUGCACAACUACUCCACGACGGUGGCGGGUCAGAACUCGGGCAGGCAGGCGUGCAUCCGGUGUGAGGCUUGCAAGAAAGCAGGCAACCUGUAUGACAUCAGCGAGGACAACUCCCUGCAGGAACUGGACCAGCCGGCUGCCCCAGUGGCGGUGACGUCAAACGCCUCCACCACUAAGUACCCUCAGAGCCCGACUAAUUCCAAGGCCCAGAAGAAGAACCGGAACAAACUGCGCCGGCAGCACUCCUACGACACCUUCGUGGACCUGCAGAAGGAAGAAGCCGCCCUGGCCCCGCGCAGCGUAAGCCUGAAAGACAAGGGCCGAUUCAUGGAUGGGAGCCCCUACGCCCACAUGUUUGAGAUGUCAGCUGGCGAGAGCACCUUUGCCAACAACAAGUCCUCAGUGCCCACUGCCGGACAUCACCACCACAACAACCCCGGCGGCGGCUACAUGCUCAGCAAGUCGCUCUACCCUGACCGGGUCACGCAAAACCCUUUCAUCCCCACUUUUGGGGACGACCAGUGCUUGCUCCAUGGCAGCAAAUCCUACUUCUUCAGGCAGCCCACGGUGGCGGGGGCGUCGAAAGCCAGGCCGGACUUCCGGGCCCUUGUCACCAACAAGCCGGUGGUCUCGGCCCUUCAUGGGGCCGUGCCAGCCCGUUUCCAGAAGGACAUCUGUAUAGGGAACCAGUCCAACCCCUGUGUGCCUAACAACAAAAACCCCAGGGCUUUCAAUGGCUCCAGCAAUGGGCAUGUUUAUGAGAAACUUUCUAGUAUUGAGUCUGAUGUCUGAGUGAGGGAACAGAGAGGUUAAGGUGGGUACGGGAGGGUAAGGCUGUGGGUCGUGUGAUGCGCAUGUCACGGAGGGUGACGGGGGUGAACUUGGUUCCCAUUUGCUCCUUUCUUGUUGUUUUAAUUUAUUUAUGGGAUCCUGGAGUUCUGGUUCCUACUGAGGGCAGCCCUGGUGACCAGCACCAUCUCUCCUCCUUUUCACAGUUCUCUCCUUCUUCCCCCCGCUGUCAGCCAUUCCUGUUCCCAUGAGAUGAUGCCAUGGGCCCUCUCAGCAGGGGAGGGUAAAGCGGAGAAAGGAAGGGCUGCAUGCGGGCUUCCUCCUGGUGUGGAAGAGCUCCUUGAUAUCCUCUUUGAGUGAAGCUGGGAGAACCAAAAAGAGGCUAUGUGAGCACAAAGGUAGCUUUUCCCAAACUGAUCUUUUCAUUUAGGUGAGGAAGCAAAAGCAUCUAUGUGAGACCAUUUAGCACACUGCUUGUGAAUGGAAAGAGGCUCUGGCUAAAUUCAUGCUGCUUAGAUGACAUCUGUCUAGGAAUCAUGUGCCAAGCAGAGGUUGGGAGGCCAUUUGUGUUUAUAUAUAAGCCAAAAAAUGCUUGCUUCAACCCCAUGAGACUUGAUAGUGGCGGUGAACAGAACAGAAGGUCAUUGGUGGCAGAGUGGAUUCUUGAACAAACUGGAAAGUACGUUAUGAUAGUGUCCCACGGUGCCUUGGGGACAAAAGCAGGUGGAUUGGGCGUGCAUGUGUGUUCAUACACACUUGCACCCACGUGUAGUCAGGUGCCUCAAGAGAAGGCAACCUUGACUCUCUCUAUUGUUUCUUUCAAUAUCCCCAAGCAGUGUGAUUGUUUGGCUUAUAUACAGACAGAGAUGGCCAUGUGUUACCUGAAUUUUGGCUGUGUCUCCCUUCAUCCUUCUUGAAUAAGGAGAAUGAAAAUUCUUGAUAAAGAAGAUUCUGUGGUCUAAACAAAAAAAGGUGGUGAGCAAUCCUGCAAGAGCAAGGUACAUAAACAAGUCCUCAGUGAUUGGCAAUUGUUUCAACCAGUUUGAACCAAGAACUUUCCAGGAAGGCUAAAGGGAAACAGAAUUUUCACAGCCAUGAUUCUUUUGCCCACACUUGGGAGCAAAAGAUUCUACAAAGCUCUUUUGAGCAUUUAGACUCUCGACUGGCCAAGGUUUGGGGAAGAACAAAGCCACCUUUGAAGAAGUAAGGAGUCGUGUAUGGUAGGGUAAGUGAGAGAGGGGGAUGUUUCCAAUGCUUUGAUCCCUUCUUACUUAACCUGAAGCUAGAAGAGCAGGCUUCUUCCCCCCAAAACUGAUUACAACUGCUACAGAGCAGACAGUUAAGAGAAAUGAGCUUGACAUUUAAGAGAAAUGAGCUGCACUCCAUGAGUGCAGCUCUGGAGGUACAAAAAGAGGGGAAGAGACUUGGAAAUGGGAGACGGGGGCAGAGAGGGACCCUCCACCACCUCUUUGGGCCUGGCUCCCUGGGAAUGUGACUUGAGCCCAGAGUGAACACUCUUGGUAGAAGCCCUUCUACCUUCCUGCAACACCUUGUUUCCCUCUCAGAUUGUACCAUUGAGGAAUAAAAAAAGAUAUACAUGUAUAAAACUCCGGGGAUGAGGGUACCGGCAGAACUGAUGCUCCCUUCACUUAACAUUGGAAAAUUGAGAAGGGAAAUGAAUAUGUGUCACUGCCGGUCCUGAAACUUGGGGUAGGGCUAUUCUAUGGGUCAGUUCCACUGUCCUGCCAUCCUCCCCUACACAGGGUGGCAUCCAGAGAGCCCCGGGUCUGUGUGGAAGCUUGACUGCAGGAUCGCCAUGUUGCACACAGGACACAUAAACCAGAAAGGUGCUCAUCCUCCUCUGGAAGGAAGCUGCCAUGUCUCUUCAAGUCACUCCCUCCAGGGCUGCUCUUCGCCCCAUUUACCCUCACUCGUGACCCUUCCUCAUCCCGCCCUUGACUGCUGUCCCCAACCCUCCUCCUUGAUUUUUACCUCAGUAUCUUUCAUUUUAAAGCCAACUGAAGGCCUUGUAAAGCUUUGUUUUCUUUCUAAAAUGAACAUGGGGGCAAGGGGCUGAACCUCUCACAGAUUUGGAGAGAGGAGCACGGAGUGCUUUACCUUAGAUAACAGGAAAGACUGAGAGAGGACAGAGGGCGUGAGGCACCUCCAGGAGGAAGAAGGCGAAGGGCCACGUAAACACUGCUUCGCCCUGAUUCUGUCCAGGGGUCAGGGACUCAUCCCCUCAUCUUCCUCUUACCUCACCCCUUUCAAACAAAAAAACCAAACCAACUAACCUAGCGAACAGCAAUCUAGAACCAAGGGAGCUCUUUCAGUCUCCGCUGGCAACAGAAAUCAAGAUGGUGUUUAUUUCAUAUGUAAAUAUUUUGUUUUCUAAUUAAUUUUGUAUAGAUAAAGUGUUCUCUUGUGAGUAUUCAGGGUGUUGGGCUGGAGGGAGUGGGGUGGGGAUGGGAAUGAGAGGGAAAAAGUGUUUUGUUAUGGGUUUUCAUUUUCCAUUGGGGGAAUUGUUUUGUAUGGCUUUUGCUUCAGGGUGUCUGGAAAAAGUGAAUGCCCAUGGAGGCCACUAUGGUGAAAAAGCCAGGGGAAAGUAAUUGUGUCCAUCCCCCCCAGAAAACAAGUCUUCUUACUGGUUUGUGAGAAAUGUUCAUGCACUUUGGCCAGGGUUUUACAUAGGGUUCAGUUUGGCUCUAAGCAAACCCCAGGUCUGAUUCCUAUCUUCUAGGUAGACCCUAGGUUACCACAUUCCACACAAAGACAGGCUGGUGGCACCAUAUUUCCUCUGUCAGUACCUAGGGUAGGAAAGAUUCCCAAAAGGGCUUAAACAGAAUUAAGGUCAAAUUAACUUCCCAUUCUUGGCGUGACUGAAAGGUUUCAGGAAGCUCAAUCCUGAGAAAUCUCCCAGCGGCCUCCUCUGAUGCUGAAACAAUCGUCUCAGUCAUCUGAGUCUUUUCUUCUUUAGGACCUGGGCGCUGACUCACUCCCUGCCCCAUCUCCACCCUCAGAAAUCAGCCUGGCAAACACAUGUGGAAAAAUCUCCACUAACUCUACUUUUUGAAGCAUGUGAUAUCUGGUCACAGAGAGGUAGUGCUGGAUAUGUGUCUUACAAAGUUGCAUGCUUUUCUAGAAAAGAUGAUGGGAUCCACUAAAAACUCAGCGGUGAGAUGAUUCCCUUAGCAAGAUUGCUGAAGUUAGGUUUAGACGUGGGAGGGUGGGUACGUGAGCAAUGGUGCCAAUAGCGGCUCUUUAUUUGCCUUGUCCUCAUUACUGCCAUCAGGAAGGUGCUACUGGCCUCGAGCCAGGUGUUCAUAAUCUGGCCUUGGGUUAACCAGACAAAUAGAACUUCUUUUCCUAGACUGUUGGCUUUGUGGAGGUUGGCAGCCUCUAUCACAGGAUAAAAUUUCCAAAUCCAUUUACCCAGUAUAUUCACUACAUUUUUUCCUAUCCUCCCAUCAUAAAAGCUGUUAGCUGGAUAAUUUUAUUUUUCUAAACUUAUUUAGCCCCAAUUGGUUGCUUUUCUUCAACUGGAUAUUUGCAUUGGGACUAAGUUACUCAUGGUCUGCUUAAGAAAACUUAAAGGAAGGAAGGCUGGGCAUUGUUAAAAUCUAGAUGUUACUUAAUUCCAGAAUAACAAGCAAGUAAAAUGCAUGAGGAAGAAUUCAGCUAUAAGCCCAAUCUAUAUCACAGAUGGGUAUGAAACAACACCCAAUCCAUCCAAAACUGUGAAAUUCCGCAGAUACCCUCAGGAGCACCUAAUAUUCCCAUGUUCUUCAGAAUCCAUGCUUUCUCUCUUUGUACCCUCUAUCAUUCCCUUCCAUUGCAGAAGUGGUGGUGAGUGUGGUCCUGUAUGAACUCCUUUCAGUGGCAAUGCUUAAAUCUCAGCAUUUCCACUGACAAUAAUCUGACCCUUGAAUUUGCCUGAGUCGAGACUUUGCACACCCUUCAAAGUGAUGCAUGUACAGUGGACUUUGUUAUUUCAAAAUCUGUCACUGUGUAUCCUCAGCCAGAACUUGGGAAACAUCCUUCAUGUAUUUCCCUGCACUGGCCACAGCCAUGUUGUGAUUGAGGGGAAAAUCCCAAAUGAUUCCAUUAAAUGUUGCUGGUGUCAGUAGUGCCAAAAACGCAUGUAUGACAUGAUACAGUAGGAGUUGUCUAUACAGUUAAGUGACUAUCACCCACCCGGUCUUCCGUGGCCAUCAGGAGUUGCCCAAGGGAGAAUUCUCUGCAGAGUGCUGGUCACCUGCACAUGUCACUAAGAACUAGGUUUCUUUGGUUCAUUUUUUUUUUUUGGUCGGUUUUUAGUUAGUUAGUUCAAGAUUUAGAGACAGAAUAACCAGAUUGUUUGGGCAAUAAGCUUUUGGAAAAACUAUUCCAGAACUCACUUUUUUCUUUCAAUCAUCAUCUCUCUAAAAAGGCCCUGUCAUUGCUUGACACCCUGUGAAUGUCUGUUUUUGUAUGUUAGGAAUGAUUCAGAUGUGUGCAUAAAUGAUGUCACUGCAGUGAUAUUGAUGAAUGCAUUCAGCAUUUCCAGGGACUGUGGCCAUACCUUAUGUGCUCUCUGAGCCCAAAGCCAUAUAGGAAAUACAUGCUCAGUAGGCUGCUACACACUGCAGCAGAGCUUUUGCUUUCUUCACUUGGGUGUCAGAGACUUUUCCUCCUGUUUAAGGAGCUCUUCAUGGAGGAGAAGCAGCUGAAAGUGAAUAGUCACACUGGGAUGGGUCUGGCCUUAUGUAUGCUAUGUGGUCCAUGGUGUGUUGAAGGUCCUGAAAAGGUCUUUUUCAUUUCCCACCCCGCUGCAACUACCGCCUUCCCACACAGAUUUGUUGCUUUAGCACUGAGCUGAGCUGUCUGUCAUUCGAAUGAAAGUAAUCCCAGGAAAGGUGACAUAUUAAGCCAUAUUAGGGAUGUAUACAUUUAAUCACCUAAUUUACAUUAGGAAUCUCACUCCUUUUCCUGGGAAUAAGUUAUGAUACAAGAGAAGAGGAAGGGAGCAGAGAGCACUGAGAGCAAUAGAGUAGGGAACAAGGAUACAGGUUCUAGAUGGCAAAGACAUUUAAACCAUAUUUUGGCCUCCGCCUGCUUUUAUUUAAGCCUCAUGUGACACCCAAAUAGGACUCCUGGUUAGGAAUUAUUUUCAAUACACAAUCAUAUGAGUGUAUAAUUUAUGAAUUUCUAAAUUCAGUAUCUUGUAGGGCAGGUUGAGAACUAUGAUUCUUUCCAUAGAAAAUAGAAGAGUGAUGCUUCUCCUCCAUUAUAUGUUACUGAGUAGGCAGCUAGAAAAAUCAAAUUGAAUUAAUGGUACAAUAAAAUUUACUGUCAUUGUCUGGUUUCUGUCCCAGUUUAAUUAAUCUUCCAAUUAGCUGAGUUGGUCUAUAUCCUAUACUUUCCACCUCCAUAGGGGGUACCCUGCUAUCUGGUAAAAGAGCCACUUAUGACCUCAGGUGCUACUUAACCUGGGGGGCAAUUGUUUCUUAGGCCUAGCAGAUGUUUGGGAUGACACUAAAAUGGCAGAUUAGUCAGUCUGAGAAUGUCUAAUAUUGAUCUGAAUCUAGGAUUCUAUUCUAGUUUGGGGGGUGGGGUUGCAGUAUUGUAUAAAAUCAUAGGAUAUCUGAGAACAUCCCACCCUCAACUCAUUCCAACCACAUUGAUUCAGUCACACAGUGGCCCUGUGAGCUCUAUGACUUAGAAGAGAUAGCCUAUCUAUUCCCAUGACAAAGGCCCUCACCCAAAACCUUAAACUGAAAGCCAGUGCUGCUACUUUCAUGCCUUGGAGAGAACUGUGAAGUUUAGGGCUUCUCAUUUACAAUAUUGAAGCAAGAAAAAAGAAUUUUGUUCAGAGUAAUGGGUUAGAAUAGCAGUACUGGGAAUAAGUAGGGAAAGUUAGAAAUCUUCCACAUUUCUCUCUACAUCUCUCAAGAGCUCCGUACAGUGAGUUUCUGGAGCUGCUUCAUGCUUUGAAUAUAAUUGCUGGGGUGAUUAUGUGGUUAAGGGCUCCUGAAAGAAUUGAAGAUGAAAAGCAGAGUAGAUGAGUAGAAUUCAUCAGAGCCUUGGCACUCUAGUGUGUAGAAUCUGUGUUUUGGAGAAGGUGAAAGAACUCAGUGCAAGAAUUAAGGUACAAUUAAAAAGCACAACACUAAGCCCAAUUUAAACUGUUAUUUUAAAGAUUAGGUUUCCACACUUUAAACCUGAACUCUUUUAUCGGUAAUUAUUUUAAUGUUGUGAUUUAGGGGGUGGAGCAGAUUCUAGUACUAUGCAGGAGAAAAAAAUAAAAGCUCUCUGGUUAAAUAUGUGAGUUUAAUUAAACCAACGUCUAUUGUGCAUGUACUAUGUCCCUAGGCUAGUUCUGUGAAUGAUAUAAAAGGUUUCAAAAUGGAGUAUAUUGUACUCACGUAGAAUAUAUGAAAGCAUAAGUAUAAAAUAUGUAAAUGUAUGUAUAAAUAGGUAUGCAUACAUUUGUAUGAUUAUACAUGCAAGUUUAAUAUUUUCUGGUUUCAGGGUAGGAGUCAAAGAUAUCCAUUAUGCUAUUUGAAAAAACAUUGCAGAGAUUCAGCUUCCCAUGUCAUGGCCAGGCCUGGACUUAUUCUUUUGAAAUUAUUACACCUCCCAGAGCUAAAACUCUGGGAUUUCCUCUCUAACCACAACCUUGCCUUUUCUAUAUCUUCCUUCCUUCAAGACCCCUCUGUUGUUCUGGUCCAUAAAUCCAUCAGGCCUCAUUGAAUUCCCUCUUUGGUCUAACCCUGUAUUUACCCACAUUAGCAAUAUUCUCACCGGCAAUUCCUUUUUCCUCUUGCCAUCUCACUACACCAACCAUGCUUAGCUAACUGCAUCCCAUCCCCUUGUCAUUCAUUGCAUUCCCAAGAAGAGCAAGUCUUAAACCUAUGUGAAGAGCACAAAUUCAAUCAAUUUAACCUCACCUGAAGCCUACUCACUUGGACUUUUUAAUUUCUCCAAUGUUGACUCAGUGUCACAUUCUGUGCUUGAUAAAUUUGUUUUAUUUUCCUUUCAUGUUCAUGUCCUGUCUUUCAACAGGCAAUCUUUCCUACUGUGUUCACAAGAAAAUCUGAUUAUUGAAUCCUCACAUAUGCUGUCCUCUCUGCCUUUAGAUUUCUCUUGUCUUUCACACAUCUUUUCCAUCCUUUCUCCCAACCAAGUGCUCCUCUUCCCUAUGCUCUGACCUCUUCUGAGGUGCUCUCCAGCCAAUUGUAUUUCUCUCUUUUGCAUCUUUAAUUCCUUCCACACAUCUACCUGCAACUAUCUCAGAAACACCCGUCCUACAACUAUCUCUAAAGACAAAUCUCUCAAUCCAAUUUGACUCUUGAAUUUCUGUCCUAUCACUAUCUUUUCACUUCCCAACUUCUCAAAAAGGUAGUCUUUCUUUCUCCACUUCCUCACCUUAUGCUCAUGGCUUCAUCAAUGGGCUACACCCUACCACUCUUCUGAAACUACUCUCAGGCAACGUUCCAAUGAAGUUCUUGUUACAAAAGUCAAUAGCCUUUUUUCUUUACUUACCCUGCUCUUCAACCUCAUUGACAAUUACCAUUGGGAGGCAAUACAUUCUGGUUUUAAUCUUAGUUCUCUGGUCCUCUAACCUCAUUGGUUCCUGCUUUUCCUCUUAUCUCCUUAGCAUUGACUUGCCAUGGUAUAUCUGAGCUUGACCCUCUUCUCCUUAUCUUAAUGCUUCUGUAGCAAUCUUUCUGUCUUCUAUGAUUUCAAUAACUCUUUGAAUGAAGAUGAAUCCCAAAUCUUCACUUUUAGCCCCUACCUUUUGCUUUUCCUUCAUACACAUACUUCCAGUCACCUUCUGAACACUCAACUUCAUCUUGACUCAAAUAUCCAAAACCAUUGCUGCAAACCAACAUAAUCACCAAGUUCCUCCUUUUGCUUAAUGGUAUCACCAUGUCUUCCGUCACCGAACUCAAGCUUUUCAGGCACUUUUGCCUCCUCCAUUUUCUUCAUCCUGCAUAUCUAAAAAUUUGAAAAGCCUACUAAUUCUUCCCCCUAAGGUUUCCAGUCUUUCCUUUUCAUUCAGACCCUUCCUUCUAGUCUGGAUUAUUUCAGUGUCUUUUAGUAUUGUUCCAAUAUUUUAUAUUUGAAUCUACUCUUGUCAGUACUCACUUCCUAAAUAUAAAUCAGAUGUCAUUCUUCAGAUCAAGAAACAACCUUCAGUGGGCUUCACUUGCCGUAGUCUGCCAGCAAUAAUUUCUUGUUACUUGAUUAUGUGUGUGUCCCAUAAUCCAGACAAGCUGAAUAACAUUUGUUUCACCUUUCCCUACCAGCUUGUUUUCCCACUUGUGUCUUCCCUUAAACUGUUCCCUUUGUCCAAAAUACUCUCCUUCCUAUCUCCCAUCUCACUCCCUUCUUGAAUAAUAUCCAUUCCCUCUAUAUAAGUCUUCAAAGACCAGAACAACUUCUUUAUCUUCCAUUCAGAAAAUAAUUUUAGGCAUUUUAUGAAUGCCCAUAACACUUUCGUUGUGUCUCCCUAGUGGCAGCUAUCAUGGGCCAUCUUAUUUCAUAGGUAUUUGGUUAUACAUCUCAUCUCUCCUGCUACAGCAUAAGCUCCCUGUGUUCAGGGCCAUGUAUUUUUAAAUCUUUUUAUCUCCUGUAGCACUAAACAGAGUGCCUUGUAUAUGAAAGGCAUUAGUAAAUAUUUGAUAUUAUUAUAAAUUAUAAUUGAGAAGGAGUCACUUUAUUUUGCCCAUUUGUAUCUGCAGUAGCACCUAAGGAUGAAUCCCCCCAGUUUCUCUAUAUAUAUCUGCACACACAAUCACAUGUAUAUACUACAUGUAUACAGUUCAUUAUUUCAAAUGGAAUCUGGAUUUUUCUAAGUGCUUUGUCCUUUUUCUAAGUGCUUUGUCCUUUGAAGUUGUUUUGGACUGUUUUAUGGUUAGGAAAGUGUACUUGGAACACUACCUGUGUUCAAGUAAGUGACAGAGGGAGAAACUAUGAAGGAUAUUGAUCAAAUUUUAGGUAUCAACUUUUCAGAUGCUUUGGGUAGAGCUUGUAUCCAGACACUUUACUACCAAGAUUGAGUCUCUAAUAACCUGAUCCAUGCUGGGACUGAUCUGUGAUCCAAUAUUUAGCUUCUUUUUUAACACUUGCAACACCAAAAGAACCUUGUCACAGUUCUGGCUCACUAAUCACACAGCCUUGUAGACCCCAGGUGGUGGUCCAACAGGACCACUGUAUUUCACUACACGCUACUUCCACAUUUGUGGCCUUGGGGGAACUGUCUGUGCUGGUCACCACCUUGUCUUUAUAUUUCAUUUCUUUCCUGAGUUCUUUGGCUUCUCACCCUUUCUGAGGCUUUGUCUACAGGAUCACUUCUCCCAAAGGGAGGAUAAGAGUUGAGGUAAUUGAGCACUUUACCUCUUAUCUGUAUAUUUACAAUGAAAGUAAGUUAGGAUUUGAAUGAGCUAGCUCAGAGAGAAUGCUAGUCUCUAAACUACUCCUUUCUCUGUAAAUAUAAAGGGAUUCAUUACCUCAGGGGGAGACAACAUCACUUCUGACCUUAUGGCCCUCCCUUAUCCUCUGGUCCCUGUAUUCUUGAAGCCCUGUUAACCCUUCCUCCUCCUCUCUUGCCUCUACUUAGCAAUCUAUCAUUCUUUCUAGCCAGUGUCAGUCUCUGUCCCUCUGAAGAAACUCUUGGAGCUCAUACUGUCCUUUCACUUCAGCUGCUCUGGUAACCGAUAAUGUUUCCGUUCCUUCUCCUGGCCAGCCUUCUCUGUAAAUCUCAUUAUGCCAUUGGCUAUGAAUUAUUCCCCUUUGGGAGGCAUCUUCUGCCACUGUGUGCUAAUUUAAAGCAUACUAUAGAGAACUGAACUCAAAUAAGUUACAGGCAGUGACAAGUCUCUUUUUUUAAAAAAAGUGAAGAAAGUCCACUCUUCAUUGAGACAGGAGUGGGUAGGACAAUUAUUAUUGGCAAGGUAGGGCAAAACUUGUGACAACUUGGGAGAUACCUAGUGAAAAUUAAAAUAUAAGUCUAGAGAGAUAAUUUUGCUUUUCAAAAGUCCUAUUGGGUCUAGAUAGCCAUGCUCCUGAAAAUGAGAAUAGUUAAUAUUUUAGAGCAAAACCCAUUUCAUUAUACUAUGAGACUUUUUUUUUAGCUGAUGAAACAAAUUAUCUGGUAAACAGCUGGUGGGAGGGUAGGAAGACAGCCAUCCUCAUGAAGGACGUUCAUGAAUCUCAUUUGGGCCAAUAAAUGGACCAAAAUUCUAGGCAUUUUAGCCAUGAACUGUUCAUGUCAAUUAUUUUGCCUACAAAUACCCAUAAAAGGAAAGGGAGGAUAUGAGGGAGGAAAAGAACAGGAAGUCUACACUGGAGCUUCCUUUUGUGUCACUAAUAAAGCCAGAAGCUGACAUGUGAGGCACAUGGUUCCCCCUUGGUUACUGGCUUCAGUGAUAGCUUCAGAAAGUAGGGAACCUUGAAAGAGCAAGGACCAAAGCUGAGAUGAGUGAGGAACCUGAAUGCAACCUUAUGUGUGAGGUCCUGAUAUCCACAAGGAACCUGGCCCCAUGUCAUUCCUGCCCAGGUCCUUCAGAUUACAGCACCCAAGGAGCCCUUGAUCAUCACCCUGGGCAGAGGGAGUGACUUAUCACACCACCCUUACCCACAGAAUUUAGGCCACCAGGCUGUGACUCCAUCUGUCCCCCUUGCAGUAAGAGAUUCAUAGUCUCUGAAAUCUGACAGGAGAACAGCGUCAGGGGAAGAGGCCACAGGAAUGCGAAUUUGUUGAGCUGCCUGCUCCUCUAGGAUAAGUAUAUUACCUGUUUCCAGAGGGGAUUGUUUUUUUUUUCGAAAUGAAACAAAACAUGCCUGCCUAAAACUUCAGCCCUAUUCAGAACAGUCUUGCAGUUAACUGUCAUUGUCACAUUUUAAUUGUAAUUGAUUUUCUUUUGAAAUCAAUGGCUAUUUUAAUGCUCCCUUUGACCAUGACAUAAGAACCCUCUGCAAACCAGAGACCUGGCCAUUAGGUUGCCUCUGGCUGAGUUAUACUCUCAGUAGUUUAUACUUUGCUCUCAGAUAUUCACCCGAACAGCACAACUACACAGAAUUUGAUCUCUUUGCCAUGAGCAUUCUGAUGCCUAUGUACCUCCCUAAUGCACACACACAAUCUUAACAAAUAGAUCCAAAUUUCCUAUGUCAAUCAUGUUAUGGUAGAUGAAAGUGUUCAUUUAGAAUGGGAUAAAGAGACAUAUCAUAAUUUAUGCAGCCAGUGUUUUCUCUUUGCUCUACCUGGCUUGUGGAUCAUUGAUCCCUCAAGGUUUGACAGAAAUAUUCAGGCUUCAUGUGAAGGCAGCAUGUUCUUUGUGAUGGAACAACCUAGUUAUCGUCUUCAUUUUCCCAUUUUACCCUAUGGAAUCCAUGUGGCCUUCUAAGGUCCUGUUGAUGGACUGGUACUAAGAGGAUGGAGAAGCAGAAGCCAGUCCCCCUGAGAACAGACAGUCCUGUUGCUUAGAUACAUACAUAUUCGCACAUGUGCCCACAUCUCUUCUUGGAAACAUCAUGAGCAGAGGUGGAGAGGUCUGUUCUCAAUGGGAGGAAUAAGGAUAAGAGAAUUCCUUGAGAAUCCCUAUUCUCAAGGAAUAGGGAUAAAUGCCUUCACGGAUUCAAUAAUUUAUCUGUUCUCUCUCUCCCAGGGUCAGGAGCAAGAAAAAUAUCAAGGUUUCACAUAGGCAGGAAGCAAGGAGGAUAGUGAAGCAUCCAGGUGGAACUCUUACUGAGAAAAACAUGAAGUAGUAAAAUCACCCUUUCUUUGAUAUAAAUGCAUUUGGAAGUCAAUGAGGGCACUUACAGCUGUGUUUCCCUUCACUAACUUUUCAUCUCUUGCAUUCUUUACUUCUCUUUCUCAAUUUAUUCAUCUUGAGGUAUACUUAUCCUGAGUUGACUCUCAGCAGCCCAUCCUCAGAACACAAACAAUGUUAGGAUGAGAAGUUGAGUGAGCACAGAGCUCGAACACGUGCAUGGUACUUAAUGUUUCCAAACCCGAGCCCAAUCAGUCUAGCACAGUCAAUCCCACUGCAUUUUAAUGACUAGGAUGGGGCCUGCUGUACAUAGCUGGACAUCUUGGAUUACAGAAAAGAGGCUUUAUGUGAAGGCAGCAUUUUCUUUGUGGUAGAGCAACAUAGUUAUCCUGCUAACUGUCCUAUUUGACCUGGUGGAAUCCAUAAGGUCCUGUUGAUGGGUUGGUUCUAAGAGGAUGGAGAAGCAGAAGUCAUUCUACUGAGAACAGGAGAAUUUACCAUAACCACUCUCCAAAUAACCUCCUUUGACUUGGAAAUAAGAUCAUCUUUCAGUUUUACAGAUGAGAAGUCAAAGCACAAAAUUGGAUAAUUAGCCAAAAGUAAGAUUAUACAGAAAAUUCUUGACAGAACCAAAACUUGGCUGAACCAAAACUUGUCCAAAUUUCUGACUCUCAGUCUAGCUCAGCGAGUAAUGCUGCCUGAAUUGUCUGCCCCCACUGUAGGUUUUCAGCAUCUAGCAGUGGAGAAAAGUCACGAAAUCUAGGCAGCUGAUUUAGCCAAAUCUUAUCUAUGAAAUUUCCCUUUGUAGACACACACACACACUCCACAUACAUCUACAGAGACAAGUCAAAAAGAGCAAGAAGAAAGCAAAAAUUUGAAAAUUGGAAAGGUUAGAGAGGUUUCCACAGUGAAGAAAACUUGGUCAAAUAAAAAUGUUUUUGAAUUCUAUAGGGUAAGAUAUUGUGAAUAAUUUUUUAUUAUUAAAAUUUUUUUAGGUAGCAUGUAAUCCACAUAAAUAAAAAGCUCAAGAAUAAACUGGGACAGAGGAUUUCUUCCAGAGUGCUACAUGGCAAAAGAGCCUUCAGGAACGUGUGCAGGGGAGUCAUGAUACUCCGAAGGUGUCAGUAGUUUUGGUCAGCCCACAGUGAGCAGGGCAGCCUCAAGGGAGAGCCCCUUACAUCCUUUUCUGGGCACCUCUGUCUAAUUAAGUUCAAACAUACAAGCCUGAUUCUAGGAUUAAGGCAUAACUUAGUUCUGAACAGAAAAAUAUAAGGCAGUUCACAUACACAAUGAAUUCUUGAAGAAAGAACCUAUAGCCCCCAGACCGAUAAUAAAUAAUUACUGCCUGCCAAAAUCCUGAAGAAAGGGAAGCAUGGGGGCUCCAAAAUUAAUAGUCUCCUGAGAAUACUUAUGAGACCUUGAUUUUGUCACAAGGUUGCAAUGGUGAAUUAUUUAUUAAGCACCCGCAGAUCAGAGAAUCUUGCAACAACCUUCUCUUACAACCCACCUGUUCACUUAUGAAUGAUAUCAAGCUCAGGAUAUAAUCCAUCUUUCCAAAGAUUUUAGUAUCUUUAGUUUGGGCUGCAGAAGAAAUUUUGGCUCACAGCAUUAUGCUUAUACCAAAAACAGUGAAAGAGCUCUAGUGUCCUGCUUAAUGUAGAGUAACUUUUUUUUUUUUAUCAGUCCUUCCUAGCCCUAGAGGGAAGAUAGGAGAGGAUGUAGGAAGAUGGAAAAGUCCUUAGAUGAAUGAGUGAGGAGUCUUCUAUACCAUCAACUUCAGAGUGUACUGAUCCCCGGAGCCUGGUUCAGGAGGCUGGUUUCAGAUGAUCGGAGGAAACGGAGGAGGUAGCUUUUAUUCCCAUGCAUGAAGAUGGGGGGAGGAGGUGGGCACUAGACUAAUUUUUUAAGCUAAAAAAAAUCAAGUCUAUUACAAAUCUCAUUUUUCCCUUGUCCUUUUGCCUCCCAAUAAUUCACAUAAAAUCGUGUUAUCAUAGUAAGCUAAGAGAGAGGGGCAGUAGCUAUUUCUACCUUGACUCCGUGGUGACUUCAUCUUUUUCAUGAGUGUCAUUACAGAUACCUGGAUCAUGAUGAUCCUGAAAAACAGGUCACAGGGCCAACAGCUGAUGAGUAUUUGGAGCAUCUUAUUCCCCCAAGAUGACCACUCCCUGUCUUCUGCUACACCUAUAUUCAUCAGGGGGAGGUGGGAAAAUAACAGGAUUCUUGGGGACUCUGAGGGCAUGAAUGGAGAACUAUUUGAUUGAAACCACAGAGCUCUUGUACUUAGUAUUAAAUAUUAAAAUAGAAAUGAGAAGUUCAGCUUUUCUGAGCUGUACCAUAGCGGCCAAUGGAGGAAGUCUUACAAAGAAAAUCUAUAUCUGCACAAGACUGAAGCCACUAAACCGAGUAUACACAACAUAAAGAUAUCUUCCUAUUUCAAGUAUCCCUUAGGGGGCAUGGGUGCUUAGCUAUCCUAUGAAAGACAGAGAAGAUAAGCUCAAUUUUAGAGCCCAGAGCUUGCUCCUGAACAGCAAGAUCCACAUGAACUUAAACUCUUUCCCACUGAGCCCAGGGGUGCAAUGUAAUUCCUCUGAUGGUUUUGAUUUAUUUCCAAGCUAGACUUCUCUAUUUGAUCAUUGGCACCUUGGCAGCUCACACAUCUCCGAGGUCUCUUCUGUAGCUUUCAGAAAAAAAAAAAAAAAAAAUAUAUAUAUAUAUAUAUAUACACACACACACACACACACACACACACACACACACACACACACACACACACAUACAUACAUAUACAUAACCCUGUUUGGGUAAGGCCUAUUGACAGAAGCCAGAUAUCUGGGUGGAAGUUAGAAGAUGGGCAAGGAAUUCUUAUCUCAGAGUUUCAACACUGCAACAAUGUGGAGAGAAGUCUCCUGGGAAAAUGCAGAUGCCCAAUAACUUCCAAACGAAUCAGGGAAGUUGGAGUAUUUUUGAGAUUUACAGUGUCUUUACUUCAGUAAAACAAGCCAUAGCAACAUUAUGCUCUGCAGAGUCUUCUGUUCACCUUUGGAUGGACAAGAGCUGCUUCUCCUAGGGAGACAAAUAAGACCAAGAACAAAACUCCCAUCUCCUAGGCCAAUUAUUGUUUUCUCCUUUCCUUUCUUUUUUAUUCUCUUUGUUACAAAAUGGUGAAAUCUACCUGGCCAUUGCCAGUCAAACAUUCUAAUUGCUAAAUAUCAUAUAGAAAUUCAUGAAAAAAGAGUAGAAUCAGAGAUUUCAUUUAAUCCCAAGGGUCUUUGCAGUUUUCAUCCUCUCCCUCAAAGUUAUCUCUUCUUUGAGACACAUGAUCACCCCUUUCCUCUUCUGGGUGGCCAUGAUUCCAAAAUGAAUUUCAGUGGUUGGUGCUUCACAAAAGGAAAGACAGCUAUAAUAUAAAAUAGACCAAAAUACUUAUAUUUUUAGCCACUGCAAAGUGGGUUUUAUCUUUGAGAACAACCUUCCAAGCUCCUUACUUGGAAACCCUUCCUCACCUCCCAGCCUCCUGGCAGCUCUCCUGGUUCCCCUUCAUGUUUUUGGCUCCCCUCCCCGACUUUCCUUUCCUAUGAAAAUGGGAUAUAUCCCUUAAACUGUAUUCUUAUCUAAACUAUCAGACUGUUAAAAGAAACCCUUGACAGUAAUUUUUCAUGGUUUUCUCAUCAUUUUUUAACUUAGGAAGUUGGAGAAAGAAUGACAAGCAGGCAAAUGAGGUCUUGUUCCUGAGUGCUUCAACUCAAGAUCAAGUGCUGGGAUAGUGAGUGCCUCUUAGUGGAGAGGGAUGUGCUCUGGAAUAUUAAGCCACCUCUGAGCAUGUGUCCUGGUGCUUUGGUCGAGAUGCCUGUUGUGUAUGUGGAGGUAUUUUGUGGCUUUUCUUGUUCUCUCUUUUUAAAUUUAUUUCAAGGCACAAGCCCUUUGUGAUGGAGGAUGUCUAGCUUGAACAUGCUGGUAAUGUGACACUAUCCUCAGCUCCCCUUGGCCCUGGGUUCAUAGGAGGCAAGUGUUUCUAAAUUUCUCACCCAGUGAGUUGUUGCAUGUUAUUUUUAACCAUUAAUAUUGUGUGUCUAUUGGAAUGAGAAACAGAAGGUUGAAUGGGAAAUAGAUUCAGUGACAAGCAGACAAAAAGCUUGGUUCUGAAAAAUGUUCUUCACUGAGUUGAAAAAAAAUAAUCUAGAAACAAAGAAGAGGGAAAUUGGGGUAGAAUGGUUUGGUGGUGAAGAGACGAUGACACCCACAUCCAGAUGCUCUGGUGUAUUCCCUCAGAGAUUUGUCAUUCCCUGUGAGCUCUGGCAGAAGGAGAGGCUGUGCUGCCAUUGAUGGCUCAGAAAUGGUGACAGGCUGGCUUUAGAAAGAGAUGUAGGCUUCCUUCCAGACAGACAUUGAUAAGCAUUGUAGCUCGCUUCUUCAAAACCUUGUCUACAAACCUUUAGGGCAGCCCCUCUGCAAUGAUUUCCAUUCUCCAGUCAAGAAGAUUCUGAGUGGAAGAGCCUUGUGUGCAUUGUGAUUACAUUGACUUACAUUGGGAAGCCAAGGGGCACUGAGAACUGAAUAUAUCAGGGGAAUGGAGUUAGCUGAACCUUUUUUUUUUCAAUAUUGGAAUGAUUUUGGAUCACAAAGUUAGGUCACCUCUGAGAGAGAAAAUCUGUUAAAUAAAAUUAUAUCUUCCCAUCUCCAGUGAAAUCACUAGGUUGUUAAUGUGAUUACUGUUUACUUCAGGAAGAAAAUUGCUAGAUUCGAUUACAAAUAGGCAUUUUACAGAUUGAUUUAAUCCUGAGUCUUACACAUAUUAACAUGGAAUUUACUGACUCAGACAUGAUCUUCUAAGCUAUAAAAUAUUACUGGCGGGUAGUAGAUCAUAUGUUCUAAGCAAACCAGGAAAGCUAAAACGUUAAGUAAUCCUCCCAAAUAUUCAGCGUCUGUGUAUUUCACUAUAGCUGAAGGGGAUUUGGGAGUUAGGCCGCAGGGGAGAGGAGGGACAAAGUGCCAUAGAUUAAUGAAACUCAGAGUAACUUUUUUCUUACCUAUUAAAAAUAAUAAUUAACCCAAGGACAAUUCUCAAACCAGAAAAAUCAUGAAAAGUGAGCUCUGCACUUGCCAUUGGUUAAAAUUUAGAAACACUUAGAAUAAAUAUCCAGGUUUUGGGAGAGGAGUUGUUUCUUUGCUUGCAUUGUUUUGUUUACUGGAGCUCUUAUUUUGGGGAUAUUUGGUCUGUGGCUUCAGAGCAUGUUUUGGAUAAAUGACUUAUCCAUGUUGAUAUUUAUUGAGUGGAAACCCAUGCCAGGCUGUUCUAGGUGCUGGAAUAUAAGAACGAACCACACAAAGUCCAUACCCUCUUGAAGUUUGUAUGUUGAUGAGAGGAAAUGGACAAAAAAGCAAAUCAAUAGAUCUCAUGUCAGAUAGUGCAAAGUGUCAUGCAGAAAAAUGAGGCAGAUUAAGGGGGAUAGAUGAUAGGAUGGGUGUGGGGUUGCUACUUUUGAGUAAGCAAAGAUGACAUUUAAGUAAAGGUUUAGAGGAAAUGAGGGAGUGAGACUUGGGGCUUUCUAUGCAAAGGCAAAGAGAAAGCAAUUGCAAAGGCCCUGCUGUCAAACCAAAUGCUUGGCAAACUUGAGAAAGAGCUGGGAGGCCAAUGAGGGAGGAGGAGAGUAUAAGAGGUGAGGUCAGAGAGGGGGCAAUAACGCAAGUCAGGUAGGGCCUUGUAGGACACUGUCAGGAUUUGGCUUUUACCAAGAGCAAGAUGAGAAGUUGCUAGAAGGUUCUGAGCAUAGAGUGAUAUGAUCUGACUUCAGUUGAAUAGGAAGCUUUGGGACUGCUGUGUUGAGAGUAUACCGUGAGAAGGCAGACAAUGGAAGCGGCUGAAAGACCAGUUAGGAAGCUCUUGCAAUAAUCCUGGUAAGAGAUCAUAGUUGCUUGGGCCAUGAUGUUAGCAGGGGAGGUGAUAAGAAGCAGUUGGAUUCCAGAAAUGUUUUAAAGAAUCGAUAUCACACAGUUUGCUGAUGAAUUAGACAUUGAAUAAGAGAAAGAAAAAUCUUAAGAAUAACCUUAGAAUGUUUGGCCUGAGCUAUUGAAAGUUUGGAGUUGCCAUCAGUGUAAGACAGGAAUCCUGCAGAUGAGGCUGACUGGGAAGGAAAGCCUUAUAGUUUAAGGGGUCUACAGAUGUUGCAAGUAGAAAUGAUGAUUAGGCAAUUAGAUAUAUGGACCUGGAGUUCAGGGAAAAUAUAUAGCCUGAAGAUACAUAUUUAAAAUGUGUAUGCGUUUGGUUGGUAUUUGAAGCCAUGAUACUGGAACUAGAGAAUGAGUAGCGACAGAAGAGAAUUCUCUAGACUGAGGCCCAGGGUGGAGGAUUGUUCAAAGCUCCAGGAGAUGAGAAGGGACCAGCAAUGGGAGGAGUGGUUAAUGGGUAAAACAAGUACUAUUAUUGAGUAGGAUAAGACUAUCUGGAAACAUGGAGGUCAUCCCAUUGAUGACCUGGAAGAGAGCUGUUUCAGUGGACUGGUGGGGGCAAAAGCAUGAUGGGGUGGAUUCAAGAAAGAGGGGAAGGAGAGGAGGUAGAGACAACAGGAAUAGGCAACGCUUUAGGAGUUUGGCUGUAAAGAGGACAUGGAAAUAGCAGAUCAUAGAGAAUGUGACGCCCAGGGAGGGACUUCUUUUUUUAAGAUGGGAAAAAUAACAGCCCAUUUUAUGUUGACAAGACUAAUCCAGGAGAAAGGAAAAAUUGAUGAUGCCUAGGGAGAGAGGACAAUUGCUGGAGUAAUGUCUUUGAUGAAGUGAGAGGGCAUGGGAUUCAAUACAUACAUAGAGGGACUGGCUUCAGGGGACUAACCAGGUUUGUUUGUAUUAAUAGCAGGGAGAUAGUGCAUUUGGGCACAGAUACAAGUGGGCUGGUAAAUGCGAUAAUGGGGGUAUGCUUUUUCUGAUUGAUUUUUAGUAAACUAUGAAAGGAGUUCAUCAGUUAAGAGUGAGUAUAGGGGAAGAGUAUUGGAGGUUUUGGAAGGAAGAAAGCAUGAAUGAGUCAUAUAGCCAUCCGGCAGGAAGAGUGAGAACAAAAAUGUCGGAGACACCAAAAAUAUAGGAGACAUGCUAGGUGGCACAAAGGAAUUAUUUGAGUUCUUAUGAUCAUGAGUUUAAAGAAAUUUGUUUUCUUCAGUCACCUUCAGCUGCUUAAACAGGGUGGCAAGUUAGAUUGGAACAGGGUUGGGGUAUAACCAGGUGAAUAUAAUGAAAGCAAGAGAUGUGGAGUCAAGGGCAACUGCAGUGUGUUAACUAUAAUGUUUGGUCAUGGAAUCUAAGCUGGGUGUAGAGGAAAGUGAGGAUUUUUAGGGAAGGAGGAACAAUGAAGCAUAUUAGAGGCAGAGGAUUGAGAUUCAAGCUGGGAUCACUCAAUUAGUGAGUCAGAAGCAAUAACCUAGAAAUUAGGAGGUGGGUUGGAGAGGUGGAUGCUUGAGGUUAUGGAGGGCUUGCAGUUAUUGGUGGUUUGGGGUCUGUUGUUGGGGUGGUGGGCUGAGAUAAGAUAGAGGAAAAGGUUAUAGAAGGAGCAGGGGUCAAGGAACUGAGAGGCCAGGAUAUGAGAAUUAUAUAGAUAUUGAAGUCAACAAAAUGUUGACUUCCAUAUGAUAGGAAUGUAAAUUAUGACAGGAAUGAGGGAGAGUGAUUCGAGAACAUUUCAAUCAUUGCAUCAAGUAAGAGGUGCAGCUAGCCUACUCUGAUGUGCAUCAAAGCUGGAUUUUAUUGUCGUUGCAUGGUAUUUUUUUUAAAAAGGAGGGAGGAUGGUCUGGAAUGGCAAUGAGGGGCAAGAAGGGCAUCUCCAUCUCCAGGCCCCAGGGCAUGAGGAAGGUGCAAGUGGAAAUGCUCACCACCUGGGAGUGAUUCAGGGUCCUCAAAGAGGAGCCAGGUUUCUGUGAGAGCAAGAGGAAAGGAAUUGCCAGGGUUGUGGCUGGUGAUGAACCACUGAUUCUUAGGCAGGAUUUGGGAGUUGGUAAAGGAAGGGAAAUGGGCUGAGAUGGGAGAUGUGCAUGGGUAUCUGGGGAUGAAAGUCCAAGUGAUAAGAGGGACUGGGGGUCUUGGGCUUCUCAUGGUGAUUGCCCUAAGCGAGGCUGUGGGCAUUUGGGGUUGGCCCUAAUGGUCUCUAUGUCAGAUUGAGGUGGUAAUGCUGCAAGUGCCCGGGGCAGGGACUUGAUGGCAGCACAUGGAACUCUGGUACCUCUUCCUCAGUCCUGAUAUUUGCUUUUUUAACUUCUACUAAAAACCCCACUGCUAACUGUGAUAGGCCACAACAUGUUUUUAUAGAUGUCAACAAAUGUUAUCAUGGAUUGAGACCACAUUUUGACUAUUAAUCCUGGAAAGUACACAUUUUCACAGGAAAUCUUGUCCUUUCUAAGGUUCCCAACUAAGCUAGUCUCGUUGUGGGGGGGGGGGGGGGGGUCAUAAUUAUUUGUUCUUACUUACCUUACCCCUUGUUCAUCUUUAAAAAAAAAUCAAAUAAAAAGGAUUGGAAAGCAACUUUGCUUCUGCCCAAUUCUGCUAAAUGAAAGUUUUCUCUGACAGAUCAUUUUGAUUUUGUAUUUUCUUUUGUGACAGAAACAGUGGGACAGGAGCAUGGAAAUGAAUGAAAGUCUUUAAAAGCCUUGAGAAAGAGUUUUCAAGGAUCAGGAGAGGGCUUAGAAAGAAAAGGACUCUGAGUGGGGCUGCAUGAAAAGGGGGUAAGUGAGGACUCUUGGGGAGGGUCUGAAAAAAACAAGUAGUUUGGCAAGGAGAGCAGAAAAAUAAAAUUCCACUGUGUAGGCAUUUGGAGAUUUAGCAAGAGCAACCUAGAGUCUGCCCCCAGAGACACUGCACGUUAUUUCUGACACAGAGGAUGCACUAAUUCUAUUUCCUGUGCCACCUGAAAAAAUCAUAAUUUGAGAAGAGAAACCGUUAGGCCAUUUCUAGUGAACUAUUUUUCCAAACCCUCACGGAACCCUGAACAGGGUGUGAAUGAAAUCACAACUACUGCUGCUGCUGGUUCAGCCUCUCUGUCCACUAAUAAAGGCAAACCCUUCAGCAUGGUCAUAUCCUGCCAGCCGUUUUCCCCCAAAAGAUUAAAUUAUGUUCAUCUUGGCUCAUCUAACGCCACAUCUUGAGUUCUUAAGGUAUGACAGCCAACUCAGUCAUACCUUACUUUAUGCACUGAGUACGCAUUGAACUCUAUUUAGGAAGGAAGAGGGAAGCAAAGGAAGCCAAGGAUGGUUUUGUCAUGACCUCUCUUUGCUUUCUGACCUCCCGGAAUCCACUCCUUGGAAGAUGCGCAGAAAACAAUGUGACUUCCAUUUACCCUGCCUCAGAUCUCCCCUCCUUCAGGCUGGCUCCCACCCCUGGUUAAUGGGGUAAAUUGGGUACGCCUAUUUGUUAAAGGAAUUUGUGGGAAGUGAGGGGCAAAAUUGUUGGAGCAGAGGGAAUAGAUUUAUGGGAGCUUUGUUACCCAGUGACUAUCCCAGCAUUAAUACUUCAGAGUAGCCCUGACGCUUGUGGAAACAUUCAAGGGAGCUAGAGGCAAUGUUACAGUGGAGAUCAGAGAAGGGAUGGGGCAGUGAGCUCUUGUCCCUAGGGGAAAUCUCUUUUCCUCCAUGUGACAGGAGCCAGUGCUCCAACAGCAUCAGAAUUACACUUAGCCACAAUGACUGAUGCGUGUGUGUGCCUGUGCACAUGUGUGUGAGCGUGUGUGUGAGCGCACGUGUGUAAGGGGGUGAUGAUGGAAACAUGAUAUGCAUCCACUGUGGGGUUGCGUUGCAAAUUCACAGCUGCACCCCUCCCAAAGUCACAUGGCAGAGGGGAAAUGGUCAUAGCUUUCCCGUGUGAUGUCCUCUCCAGGGAGCACCGACGACUCAGGCUUGCCUCAGCUCUGCGAGGCCCAGACUCCACACUCCUUCCUGGGGCCGGCUCUCCUUCCUCUUGACUCUCAGAUCCCCAGCCCAUCCACCUCCAAGUUCUUUUUUUGUUUAUUUGUUUUGCUUCUGUUUUCUGUAAAUAUCUAUUUCUUAUUUUGGACAUGCAGGGAUCAAUUGAGAUUCUGGAGUGGGGGGAGGGGCGGAUGACUGGGUCUUUUUAUUUUUUCCUUUCUCUCUUGGAUUUUGGUGUUUGAACUUGAAAAAAAUAAUUACAAGUAUAUAUAUAAGCAAAUGACUUACCUUUAAACAAAAGAAAUAAGUUGAUUUCAUUCUUUUGAUUUAUCUUGUUUCUCAUUGGGGUUGGGUGGGGGUGGGGGGUCUUUUGGGUGGAGGGCUUUUUUGUGAGCUGUAUAGAUUUCCAGUUUGGACUUGUUCAAAUGAUGCAGGAACAAAAAUUAAAAUGAAUUAAAAAAAAGACAACAUAAAAAAACAAGAAAAACUUUGUGAUGUAUAAAAGCUGUAAAUAGUCAAAGAUUCUUUCUCUUUUCUAAUGGCAAAUUAUUUCUGUCACUUUAUAUUCAAAAAAUAAAGAAACCUACCACAAAUUAUCAGGGUUAAAAAAAAUCCAGAAUCAGAGUUUUUUUCUUG